GUUUACAUCGUCUGUCACGGAUAUUUGACACUGUCAGUGAUGGAGCCUGUAACAACAGUUCGAAGAAAUUUCACCAUACCUUCUCAGCAGGAAUUUUUAAUGCAAGGUAGCAUUAUGGAUACAUCUUGCGAAGUUUUACUGCAUAGACUGCGAGGAUUGUGUGAUAAUGCGGAUGAAAAUCCUGAAACCUUCCAUGAUUAUGAGCUGGUUUUUCAGAUUCGUGGACCUACUGGCACUCCUCUUGUGUUAAGAGCUAGACAAGCAUUGGAUCAUCCAGAAAUGCCUUGGCAUUUGAGGUACAUCGGGCAACCAGAAAUUGGAGACAAGAAUAGGGCCACAAUGAUUCGCAGCUGUAUUGAUGUGGAUUCAUCUAACAAUGUCUUGCAGUUUCUUAAUGAAUUAGGCUUCAGGCUUGAUUAUGAAUAUGUUUUGAAAGGAUUUAUGUUUCGAAAAGGGAGAAUGAAAGUAACAGUUGCAAAACUUCAACAACCUAAUAAUCCAGAAAGUAUAGAAACUGUAUCACAGUCUUAUCUUGUAGAAUUAAGUGUUGUUGCUCCAUCUGGUCAAGAAGCACUUGCUGAUGAAAUGAAAGCCUUUUCAGAACAACUGAAACCCUUAGUUCAACUGGAUAAAAUUGAUCACCGUCGUCUUCAGCAUGUGUAAAAUAUUAUUUGAAAACUUAAUUCAUCAAGAUUUUCAUUUAAAACAUUAUCAGAAUUAUUUUUCGUAAUUGUUUGUUCGAACCCCAUUUUUAUGAAAUAAAUCUUGUACACUAUUAAAUUAUUUUAUUUCAAUUAUGUCUCUACUCUUCAAUCGACAUCUUAAAAUGCGUUAUAUUAUAGAAACAUGCAAUCCUCCUGAAAUUCAAUGUUUUUUAACAUUUAGGAAAACAUCAAUAUGCAAAAAUUUUUA